AAAAAAAUUAUUGGAAAUUCAGACAGCGAACAAGAAAUGUCAUGCAGAAACAUGCUUAAAAAAAUUCCUGAUCUACCACAUAAUUACGUCACUAACAACAGCAUGCAGUUCGAUAUUGAAAAUAUUCCUGUUAUUUAUGAAGAGACCGAUGAACCAAAAGAUUCACUUAAAACCACACGCAACGUCCCAAAAGUGUUAUCGCAGCAAGUACUUACCAAAGCUCCAAUUGAAACAGAGCAGAGAUUACUUGUAGCACCAAGUUCAUCACUACCAGUAUAUGAUGCAAUAACUACCUCUUUGCCAUUGUACACAUCUAACAGAUCAGAUGCGUAUACACAAGAUAGGUCCGAGUCUUUGGUACGAAUUAUUGAAGAUAAUUUUAAUAAAUUAUUCAAAAAAGUUGCUGAAAUAGCAGUAGAGGUAAAAUCUUUGACAGCAAGUUUGAAUAAAUUACAAACAAGAUUUCAUGAUGACACCGACACCCCUGCAAGUGCUGAACUGCUCAUGAUCACAGAUUCGUUACCAUUUCCUACAAUUGAUAAACUGAAGGACUUUGAAUACCAAUUGGAAAUAAAUGCUACCCUAAAAUCUAGUGUGGGAUCAUAUUUCAAACGAAUUGGAGGUAGCGGAGCAAAAGAUACUACAUUGCGUAUUCUUCGAAGAGUUUUCUCAAAUGCAGUGGCUCAGAAUUGUUCCUGGUUGGGCCUACGUGAUAAUUUUUCAGUCCAAAAUUUGGCUAUAAUAAAGAUCACCAAAGAUCUAUUUUUAUUUCCUAGAUGCAGUAAUGGUGAAUUAUAACAUGACGGACAAAGAAUUUGAAGAAACUUGCAGUGAGUGGUUCCGUCAAGGAAAACAAAGAUUUAUCAGAGAAGAGAAGGCGAAGGCCAAAGCACGAGCAUAGAGGAAGCACGAGCAAUCGCACAAGUUCAUACUGUAAAUUAACCACAGUUCAACGAAUUGGAGUCAAUCUUAUAUUUAAUUUCAAUUUAUUCUUGUUUUACAACUUACAUCUGUACUGGCUCAAGUUAAUUCAUGAUACUCACCUACAAACUGCAAUUCAUAUAGAUUUUUAAGUUCAUUUGAUAGCUUUCAUACCUUCAUAUAUCUUAAUCUUAAAUAGUUUGAAGCUAAUUUCAUACCUCGAAUGUUUACGGUGCAGUAGUUUCACAUCAAAACCACAAUUGUAUCAUGUUUACCAUGUACUUUGUGGUUUUGUAGUAAAACUCCAUACUAACAGUAUAAAUAUUGUCCCACUUUCCGGUGAUGUGAGCAACAUAUUCGACAUGGAGUUGGAUAGAAAAAUUAUAAACAAACUACACGGAAAAAUGAUAUAACGGUAGUUACCUUGCGAAGCCACUAUAUAUAGCCUAUACGUUCAUUUUGAAUUUACGUAUUUUUGAAAGGAUUCCAAUUCUUGUUUUAUCGCGAAAUAUAAUACCAUAUAAUACAGCCACAAGUUACAUUACAGGCACAUCAGUGUUGACUUGAUUCCACAUAGGUUAUCUAUGUACCUAAGUAAUUUUUUGUUUAGUUCCGUAUACGUUUCAUAACGUAAAAGUCAGAUACUGGUUGUAGUAUUACUCUUUUUAAAUGUUCAUUAUCAUAUGAUAUGUAAAGUACAAAAUACCCUGGUGGGAAUUUCUACGAAUUUCUAGGGAAAUUGGAACAGUUUUCAUUGAAAAUUAUUGUUUUUUUUUUUUUGUAGUUUAUCAACAAAUUGUAGAUCCCGUGGUUCAUUUGAAAAAUUGUAGAUUUUUGUAGUGAUUCAGAAAACCUCGUUUUUGUCAAUCAAAUUGGAAAGAACUAUAAUUUUUUUUAUAAAAACCUAAACUUUAAUUUUCCUUGAAAUUCGGACUGAUUAAAUUUUCAGUUACGUUCUUAUGGCAAUUUUUUUAUUUACUUUUUCCUAUGGGCCGUUCGAGUCCUCAGCGCUUAUUAUAGAUUGUGAUUGAUAUCUACUAUAGUACCUAAAUAUUGUUACUUAUGUGAUACUACGGGUGAAAUUGUGAGAUUCUUAUGAUCUCCAAGAACCAUGUUAAGUAGUGUGUACUUAUUUCUCGCUGUAACACGUUGAAUUUUUAUAUUCUAUUACCUGUAUUAUAUUAAGCAAAAUACGUAUAACGGUAUUGUAUACCCGUUUCCCUAUUGUCACUUGUAUGACACUACAUCUUGAUUUUCUAGAUUCUAGUACCUUUGUUAUUUUGUUAUAUUACUCAUUUCUAGCUGGUUAGUUUUAU